CUAAUGUCAAUUGUGACACAAAAUUGUCAAGUUGUUUUUAGAUUUACACCAAUAAAAAUUAUUAAAUAAAAAUUAUUUAUUGUGAUAAAUAGUCAUGGAAAAUUUCAUAUAAGUUGCAACAUAACAUGUGUGAAUAAAGGUGUAAUGUGAAAUGUGUUAUUGUUUGAUGGAAUCUUCACAUGAAAGAUGAACGAAAUGACUUCAAAGCCGACGAUUUAUCAUGAAAAACAAGUAAAAGAGUUAUGCGCUUUACACGCACUUAAUAAUUUAUUCCAGACCCGUGGAACAUUUUCAAAGUCUGAACUGGAUGCAAUAUGUAGUAGACUGUCUCCGAAUGUGUGGAUCAACCCGCACCGCUCCAUGCUGGGACUGGGGAACUAUGACAUCAAUGUUAUCAUGGCAGCUCUGCAGAAGAAAGGAUGCGAGGCGGUCUGGUUUGAUAAGAGAAAAGACCCCGGUUGCCUGGAUCUGUCGAACAUAUGCGGGUUUAUUUUGAACGUUCCGUCUGACUACAAGUUGGGCUUCGUGAUGCUGCCGCUGCGUCGCCGACACUGGAUCACCAUCCGGCAGAUACAGGGCAACUUCUACAACCUCGACUCCAAACUGGACGCGCCGCAGUUGAUUGGACGAUGCAGUGACCUCAUAGCAUACUUAAAAGAGCAGCUGGACAGCAAAGAGAAGGAGUUAUUCGUGGUCGUCAGCAAGGAAGUAGAAGAGAAACAGCUUUGGAUGCAUCAGUACGCGCUGCAGAACUCCAGGCAGAACUCCUGCCAGGACCAGACGCCCUAUUGCGAGAGCCCCUCAGAGAGCAUAACCUCCAACGCGCCGUAUGACUACAGGAACAGAGACGCCGAGUGCCUCAAACUGACUGAAGUGCGGAACUGUGUCGUCACUCGAGACAAUUUCUAGAAUGUUCCAUGUGCCGGAUGUGUUUUCGUGUGUUGUGUGGAUGAUAUUUGUAUACUUCGGUGUCGGUUAUUGAAUACGAAGCCAUUUUUCAUUAGUUAAGCUUGAAUCGUAAGUUACUGAUGUUGGUAAAGGUAACUCGUAAUGGAGAUAAUACUUUCCAGUAUACUUCAGUGAUUACAACGAUAAAUAUAAUAUAAUCUCACCAAAUGGUAUCUAAAUAGUCCUUCACCUUUUCUACCAUUUUCAAAAAUGAUAAAAAUCAUACAAUGUUGCCAUAAACUAUACUAUAGGUAUUAAUUGCCAAAUGCCAAUAUUCUACAAAUUUUAAUAUUUUUAUAAUUAGUUUAAAUUCAGGGAGGGACUUUUAAUUCUUUUACACUUUCAAAGUUUAUCUAGCGCAACAAGAAAUAUCCAUAUUCUGCCCAUGUAGAGUAAAUUAUAUUAGCUAUUACGUCUACUGUACAAGAUAAGACUGGUUAAAAUUGUUAUUUUGGCGGUAAACUUCAAUACAGUGUUGCCAUACGGAACAAUCUUUACCAAUAUCAGUGGUAACUCGUGUUCAUUCGCCACUCCUCCGCGGACUUGGCCUAACUGGACAAAGUACUUAAUUGUUAACCCCAAAGUAAUUUAUUCUCGUUUAUGUUUACCAAUGUUUUUGUUUUGCACAAAUUUUGUUAUAGUUUUUUGCGAUCACUGUUGAUUUUUUAAUAUAUUUUAAACUAUUACCGGCCUAAUAUAAUUUUAUUGGUUGGUGACUUGCACUCAAAAGCGUUUUGAUCAGUAAGGAGUAAGGAGUUUAACAGAACUUUUGUCAGUGUGCCAUUUGCCUUAUUUUAUAAGAAAACUGUGUUGCCAAUUAUUUUAGUUCAGUACUUUUCCUCGACCAUAAUUAUAAAAUGUUAAUAGAUAUUAUAUCUUAAAAAUAUUUCUAAAAACAUAACAGUAUGAUCAAUUUCAGAUUAGUUAAAUACUCAAAGUUAGAAACUCUGUUAUUAAAGUCUCCUCGACACUGUUUUUAAGAGUGUCCUGGAAAUUCGUUCAAUUUCUUGAUACAAUAUUACUUUGUAUAAAUUUUUUACUCUGAAGUCAAUAUUGUCUAUACAGAUCUUGAUCUCUCGGGCUUUCUUUUUAACUGUAAAAGUAACCAAAAAAUAUAUAUUUCAAACGAAUAAACCAGUGCCGUAGAUUGUACCGCCCGGGGAGGACAAAGAAAUUAUAGCUCCUAUUUGUUGGAACAGCAAACUACGGCUUUUAACAAAAGGACUAAAACGCCACGACCCCUCUAGCUAGUGUAGCUAGCCUUAUCUACUACAAUUGCGGCAAAAUAUGAAAAUCCUAUAUUCCAAUUUGUAAAAUAUUUUAUUUUAGUAAUUAUUUCAUUUCCUUAAAAGCAUCGUGUCAAUUAUACUACGCCACUGCAAGAAUCCAUUUUUACUGAUUACCUGAUAUAUUAGGCAAUAAUCAAGGUUUUAUCAUAGGCAUAGAGACGACUGAGUCUUACAAUACCACUUUAUAGAAAGGGAUAAAGCUAUUGUGCGGUUAUUACCUGUCUCUUAUGUAACUCUGUAUCGCUUUGUCUAAAUACCGCACAGUCGUUUUAACCCUUACAUUGUCUGUAUUCAUUUCGCACCUAGACGCUCAGUCUAUUCUCUAUGUUUAAGAAUUCUAGACGUUGUUUGACUUCAGUACAUUGCUGCGAUUGAGGUACAUAAAUCAAUCUGCAAGUAUAAUUUUGUGUUUUUUACUACCACAAUGAAAAUGCUCACGCUUUUCAACAACGUAUUACAUAAAAAAUAUAAUUUUGAACUGUAUUUUGGAAACAAAGUAAAUCCGUUGUCUUCAUAGAUUACACGUUAACGUUUUAAAAUAUAAACUUUUUGAUCAAUAUUUAUCAAAACUAUCGAUUUCUAACACAUAUUCAUGUAAACUACUUCCCCUGAGUGCAAACUGUUAGAUUUUUAAUAAAAUUUUAUUAGCAAUAAACAAUAUCACUUACAAGGUAAUUAUUUCGAUAAAGCAAUGUAGAUGUUAAAAUAGAUGAUUUGCUAGAUAACUUUAAUAUCUUACGCCAAAUAUAACCAGACUGUUCAAUGUUAAACUAAGAGUUCAACCAAAAAUAGCGUCUAAUGCGUAGACGUUAAGGUUUAGAUGUGUUACAAUAGCUCAAUAGAAUGAGACAGUGAGUCUACUCGUUCGUUUCUGCUGUUUGUUAUUUGACAAUCUAUGGUCAUGCAUGUCUAAAUUUUAUUGUCUAUGAUGUAAUGUAAAGCACUGGAGAUCCUUUCGUCUUAGGCAAAAGCAGCUGUACAUGGAAAGUAGUGCAUUGAUUUAAGGUCGACGGAAGCUCAGUGCUAUUUGCACGUGGAAUGUUAUUUCAGAUACACAUAUACUAUCGCGUUGAGGACCGAACAACCAACGAAGAAAUAUGAUUGGCUAUUUCUAGCAACAAAAGUGACAAUUUGGAUACCCGAAAUUGUAUAUUGCUUGAUUUUUGGUCUGUUAUUUAAAGACGAUACGCACGGGCUAUGACACAUGGCACAUACAUGGGAAUGCACGUAUGUGACGAUUUCCCCGUUGCGGUUUUUAUAUAAAAAUCAUGGCGGUUAUUUGGUCGCAGAUUUAAACGACCGUGUACGCAUACUCUUAAAGCUAUAUUGUAGCUCAUCGAUUCAGUCACUUAUCGUCAGCCCAAUUAGAACGUGUAAUAAAAAUGACACGAACGUCCGUGUCGUUCGCUUGUGAUUGGUCGAGAGACUGACAUGUGACUCACUCUUUGGUUCCUUGACCAAUCACAAUCAGACGACACCGACGGUCGUGUCGUGUUGGUUUUGCCUUUUUAAAAUUUUGUAGUAAAAAGACUUGGUGAAAUACGUUCCACGUGACAGAGUAUGAGAAGCAAUAAAUAGGUUACUAUAAAUGUUGCAGCACAAUAUACAAUAUAAUCACACUUGAUUCUCAUUAAGCGCUAGUUUUUUUUAUUGUUUAGCAUAGCGUACACCACAUACCAUGUUCACAUUACUGUCAUAUUUUAAAUUAUUUUUAUCCUAUUUCAAUUACUAAUAGUUUUCGUUUGGUAAAGUGCGAUUUUAUUCCUUGCAUCUCAUGUUUGAAGAAAUUGCUUGUCUUUGCUCGCAAAACUUUUUUAAAUAGAAGUCAAAAGCGCUGAGUGACUUACAAAGCAAAGGAAGAUGUAACAAUUACUUGUUACCAUACUAGAAAGAAGUGGUACUGGGAUGAAAAAAUUGAACACAUAUUUCUGUUUCCUCGCCCAAUGAUUUACACGCAGUUUUUAUUACAUAUAGACAUAAAUGAUUAUUCCUUAACUACCUAGCGAGACGAGAUAACAUUUUUGAGAGAAGAUUUUUUAAAAAGUCAAAGAGUAGAUGACAAAAGAGAGAUUUCUGGCAAUACUAUCUGUGGAUCCAUAUAAAAAAAUGAUAAAAGUAUUCCUUACCGAUACAGUAAUGUGAACAGUUUCCAGCUAGUACAUCGGCUAGAAUUCAAUACGUUAAAGACAUCUUGUGAAGACUCGAAUUUUUUACUAUGUUGAACUUUAUUGUAUCUCUGUAAAUAUUAAAAUAUUUUUUCAAAAAAUAGAAAGUGUGAUGACA